GCAGCCAGCCCCCCUCUCCAAAAGGACUAGCCGAAAAGCUCCAGAUGAAUUAACUGCAUUCUCACCUUCAAAUGAAUUCUGCACCCUGCAGAGCUGGAGCUUGCUGUUUUACUUUGCUAACAGUAAACUACACAUUCAUCACAAUCAAACAAGAUACUUUGAUUUGAUAAGAACAUGUAUCUUAGUUUACAUAACAAUAAUGAUUGGGCGUUUUGAGAUCAGCAAAGAUGCAAAAACGGAUUAUUGAGUGUGUGCUGCUCCCGCUUGGAAUUGAGACGAUGACUUGUUGACUUGAUCGUUGUGUAACAUAGUCAACUUCUUCAAAACAUUUCGUUGCUUUGAUACAAGUCUUUAACAGCACCACGUCGAUAAAGGCGCGCGUCUGAAGUGGAAAAGAUAUGGAAAUGCGCACUGCGCGAACGGCUAAACUCGGACGUGCCAUGGACAGUGUAUGAAUCGCUCAGCCUUAUGGGCCAUUUCCUGAUUCAUCUCCCUGACCUCCACCCCCACCCCCACCUCCCCGCUAUGAAUCCCCAAGACUGCACCUCCAUCCCUGGGGAUUUCAACCUCUCCUCCUCCAGGGGCUACUCCACGGUCACCAACCUCUUCAUGAAUGAGUCCGGCGAGAGCGCUCCCUUCCAGGACAGCAGCACCGUUAUCACGGCAGUAAUCUCUAUGACUGUAUUCAUGGUGGGCCUCCUGGGCAACACGCUGGCCAUCUACGUGGUCCUGCGCUAUGCCAAGAUGAAGACUGUCACCAACAUGUACCUUCUGAACUUAGCCCUGGCAGAUGAAUUGUACAUCUUAGGACUUCCCUUCCUGACCACCCAGAACGUGCUCUCUUAUUGGCCGUUCGGGGAGUUUCUGUGCCGCGUGGUCAUGACGGUAGACUCCAUCAACCAGUUCACCAGCACCUUCUGCCUGACCGUGAUGAGCAUUGACCGCUACCUGGCCGUGGUGCACCCCAUUCGGAGCGUCAAGUGGCGGCAGCCGAAGGUGGCUAAGAUCAUAAACGGGCUGGUGUGGGUGGUGUCGUUCGUGGUGGUGCUGCCGGUCACCAUCUACUCAGAUGUUCAGGACCGCUUCAACUCGUGCAACAUGAGCUGGCCCGAUCCCCAGGAGCUGUGGUCAACGGUCUUCAUCCUCUACACGGCCAUCUUGGGCUUCUUCGGCCCCCUGCUGAUCAUCUGCCUCUGCUACCUGCUCAUCAUCAUCAAGGUGAAGUCUGCCGGGGCCAGGGCGGGCCUGACCAGGCGGCGCCGCUCCGAACGCAAAGUCACCCGCAUGGUGGUCAUCAUCGUGGUGGUCUUCGUCAUCUGCUGGCUGCCCUUCUUCACCACCAACAUAGUCAACCUCGUCUUCAUCAUACCAGAGAACAGUGUCACCGCCGGCGUCUACUUCUUCCUGGUCAUCAUGACCUACGUCAACUCCUGUGCCAACCCGCUCCUCUACGGCUUCCUGUCUGACAACUUCAAGCAGAGCUUCAGGAAGGUCCUGUGUCUCCACAAAGCGAACGGGGUUGGGGUGGGGGACGGAGGAGACAUGGGGAGUGGAGGGGGACGUCCCAUAUCCCCUAGGCUGGAGAGGGUGGAGACGACGCAGCAGCAUGACCCGCUCUUCACCCCCCGGAUCAUGGACGUCAACAAUGGACACAUGCAGAACAACCAAGACAAUGACCCAACACACCUCCAGGCUGUAUAAGGGCUAUUUGACCAAGAAGGAGAGUGAUGGAGUGCUGCAUCAGAUGACCUGGCCUCCACAAUCCCCCGACCUCAUCCAAAUUGAGAUGGUUUGGGAUGAGACGGACCGCGGAGUGAAGGGAAAGCAGCCAACAAGUGCUCACCAUAUGUGGGAACUCCUUCAAGACUGUUGGACAAGCAUUCCAGGUGAAGCUGGUUGAGAGAAUGCCAAGGUGUGCAAAGCUGUCAUGAAGGCAAAGUGUGAAGGCAAAGUGUAGCUAUUUGAAGUGCAUUAACAACGUUGUCACCAAAGUAACUAUACGUACAUAUGCCAACCAGAAGCCGUGGAUUACAGGCAACAUCCAAACUGAGCUAAAGGCUAGAUCUGCCACUUUCAAGGAGCGGGACACUAAUCCGGACUGCUACGACCUCCAAUGAGCCAUCAAACAUUAAAAUCUUCCAUACAGGACUAAGAUCGAGUCCUACUAUGCUGGCUCUGAUGCUUGUUGGAUGUGGCAGGGCUUGCAAACUAUGAACGAUUAGGGAAACCCAGCCACAAGCUGCCCAGUGACGUGAGCCUACCAGACGAGUUAAAUUCCUUCUAUGCUCAUUUCAAGGCAAGCAACACUGAGCCAUGCAUGAGAGCACCAGCAGUUCCGGAUGACUGUGUGAUAUCCCUCUCCAUAUCAGAUGUGAGUAAGACCUUUAAGCAUGUUAACAUUCACAAGGCUGCGGGGCCAGACGGAUUACGAGAAUGCAUACUUAGAGCAUCCACUGGCCAGCUUGCAAGUGUCUUCACUGACAUUUUCAACUUUUCCCUGACCCAGUCUGUAAUACCUACAUGUUUCAAGUAGACUACCAUAGUCCCUGUGCCCAGGAAGGCCAAGGUAACCUGUCUAGAUGACUAUCGCCCAGUAGCACUUACAUUGAUAGCCAUGAAAUGCUUUAAAAGGCUGGUCAUGGCAAAGACCAUCAUUUCAAACACCCUGGACCCACUCCAAUUCGCAACAACACAUCCUCCACGCUGACCCUUAACAUGGGGGCCCCUCAGGGGUGCAUGGUUAGUCCCCUCCUGUACUUCCUGUUCACCCAUGACUGUGUGGCCGCACAUAACUCCAACACCAUCAUUCAGUUUGCUGAAGACACAACAAUGGUUUGCCUGAUAACCAACAAUGAUGAGACAGUCUAUAGGGUGGAGUUCAGUGACCUGACAGUGUUGUGCCAGGACAAUAACCUCUCCCUAUACAUUAGCAAGACGAAGGACCUGAUCGCGUACUACCGGACCUAGAGAGCCUAGCAUUCCCCAAUCCACAUCGACGGGGCUGUUGCAGAGUGGGUCGAGAGCUUCAAGUUCCUCGGUGUCCACAUCACUAAGGAAUUAUCAUUGUCCACACACACCAACACAGUCACGAAGAAGGCAUGACAAUGCUUCUUCCCCCUCAGGAGGCUGAAAAGAUUACCAUGGGCCCUUAGAAAGUUCUACAGCUGCAGCACUGAGAGCAUCUUAACUGGCUGCACCCCCACUUAUUAUGGCAACUACUUGGCAUCCGACCGCAAGGCACUGCAGAGGGUACAUCACUGGGACCAAACUCCCUGCCAUCCAGGACCUCUAUACCAGGCGGUGUCAGAAGAAGGCCUUAAAAAUGGUCAAGGACUCCAGCCACCCAAGUCAUAGACUGUUCUCUCUGCUACCACAUGGGAAGCGAUACUGAUGCACCAAGUCUGGUACCAAAAGGACCCUUAACAGCUUCUACCCCCAAGCCAUAAGACUACUAAAUAGUUAGUCCGGGUAGCUAUUGGUUAACUAUGUAUCUUUCUGCAUUGACCCUUUUUAGCACUAACUCUUGCAUUUACAUUGCUUUAACUGUUUAUUAUCUAUCCUGUUGCAUAGUCACUUUAUCCCUAUAAAUAUGUACACAUCUACUUCAAUUACCUUGUACCCUUGUACAUCGACUUGGUUCUGGUACCCUGUAUAUAGCCAAGUUAUCGUUACUCAUUGUGUAUUUAUUCCUCGUGUUACUAUUUAUCUUUUUUUCUUCCAGCAUUGUUGGGAAGGGGCCGUAAGUCAUCGUUUCACUGUUAGUCUACACCUGUUGUUUACGAUGCAUGUGGCAAAUACAUUUUCAUUGGAUUUGAUUCAACACCAAGCUCAGAGCCUUGGGUCUGGACACCACCUCUGCAACUGGAUCCUGGACAUCCUGACGGGCAGACGACAAGAUGUCAGGAUUGACAAGCCAAUCUCCAGCACACUGACUCUUAACACAAGGGCCCCCCAGGGGUGUGUCCUGAGUCCUCUGCUGUAGGUCUAUUAACCAACAACGGCGAAUCAGCCUAUAGGGAGGAAGUAAGUGAACUGGCAUUGUGAUGCCAGGACAACAACCUUUCCUUAACAUCAGCAAAACAAAGGAGUUGAUUGUUGACUUCAGGAAGCAGAGGGGGGAACAUGCCUGAUCCACAUCAAUGGGUCUACAGUAGAGUCAUGUUCCUCGCUGUCCACAUCACCAAGGACAUGACAUGGACCAACAACACCACCACAACACUGUCUCUGCUUCCUAAGGCGGCUGAAGAAAUUCCAAAUAGUACUGCUGACCUGUUGCAUCACGGCCUGGCACGGGAAUUGCUUCAUCCACGACUGCAAGGUCCUCCAGCUGUUGGUGAAGAAGGCCCAGUACAUCACUGGGACCAUGUUCCCACCCAUCCAGGACAUCUACUCAAAACGUUGCCUGGGGGUGAGCAGUAGCAUCAUCAAGGAACCCACACACCCAGUCACUCCUUUACCGUCGGACAGAUGGUAUCGGAGCAUGAGGUCUGAUAGCUACAGACUCAGACACAGUUUCUAUCUACAAGCCAUCAGACUGCUGAACUGGUCUGACCACCUCCACUGACUCUGCACACCUUAGCACAUAUGCACUCACUUAAUCACUCACACAACCUCACAGAUAUGCAGUCAUCCACACACACACACACACACACACACACACACACACACACACACACACACACACACACACACACACACACACACACACACACACACACACACACACACACACACACACACACACACACACACGUACACACAAUCACACAUAUUUAUGCUACACACACAUCACAACUGCUGCUACCAGACUCUUAUUAUCAUUGUUAAAUACUGCACAAUUUAUACACUUGCCCAACAAUCGCCCCUUCCCCAAAACACGUGUAAAUAUUGGACUAUAAACUGUGCCUUCAUAUAUUAUACUUAUGCAAAAAGAAAAAUUAUAUUGUACUGAGCCAUUUACUUUAUAUUUGAAUUCUUAUCUUUUAUCAUGUCUUACUGUUGUUGGUUGUCAAGAAGGAACCUGCAAGUAAGCAUUUCGUUGGAUGAUGUUUACCAUGUGUGUCCUGUACAUAAGACUAAUAAAACAUAAAAGUUCACUUGUUUGUGUGUGAAUAGAUUUCUGGCGAUCUCCUUGCUGUGACUUGUCUCCAUCUGAGAGCUGUGUCUGUGUCUAGUACUCCCUGUUAGUGUGAAUGUGUGUCUAUGAUGCCAUAAUGUACAUAACAUAAUACAUAACAAAUCAGCAGCAGCUCUGUGUGACAUAUCAGACAGAAGAUGCUCAAAGAGAUGUCCUCUUUUCUAUUAUAUCUUAAAAGAGAUUUAUCGUCUCUUUUACAGUUUGAAGAUUAAAAACAAAUUGUGACU